CAAGGACGCGGGUACAUGCGGCGGGCGGAGCGAGCAGGAGGCGGUACCCGUCCUGCCGCUCCUCAGUCCUGGACCGUCAUCCCGACUCUCAACAUGGCGUUUCUGACGCUCCUGCUGCUUCAUGCCGCUUUCGCCCAGGAAUGGAACCCGCCCAUCCCGCCCCUCUCGGAACAGUCUUACGAAAUCGUGGCGGUUCCGCAAUUCCCGGACCCGACGGAUUCGAUCGGCACCAUUAUCGCCACGGAGUUUGAGAGGCAGGUGCCCGUGCUGACCAACAGCCUACGAGGGGAGGUCUCCUCCAUCAGGACCGACCUACGGCAGCAGUUCGACUCGCUGAGGAGGCACAUGGACACCAAGCUGGACAGGAUGCAGCGGAGUUCGAGUCUGGGCAAGGUGAGCGCCGCGCACACCGCCACGGCCAACAUCCGUCACAACCUCGCCAUGGCCGAGCUGCGGCGUCUGGGCGCGGACCUCACGAAGGCCAUGAAUGAGGAGGUCGGAAAGCUUCGCGAGGAGUUCCGUGCGUCCCUCGACCAGCUCAGCAUGCAGGUGCAGAAUGCGACAAGCGACCUGGCAGAGCAGCUCCAGGAGGAGUUCUCGGUGAAGGCCGACGAAAGCACCAACAUGCUGAAGAAGGUGUUCUUCCUCACCCGUAACCAGAUGGCACUGAUUCAGACCCAGCUGAGCAACAUCAGCAAGGCGCUAAGCAACCCCAAUACGGCGCCAAGUGUUCAGCAACCUGUGGUGAAGCCUCUGUCCACAUCUCCCGCUCCUCCGACAGCCAUGACAACUGAGGAAAGCAUUAUGACAACGGAGAUUGAAGAGCCCCCCCGAGACUGCUACGAUGCGCUGGAGAAGGGCAACACCGCAUCAGGUCUGACGACGAUCCAACCCAAUGAAGACAUGGAUCCCCAGGUCGUGUGGUGCGACCAGGAGACCGACGGCGGAGGCUGGACGGUGAUGCUGAGGCGGCAGGCGCAGACGUCGCAGCUGGACUUCAGGCAGAACUGGAGGACGUACGCCAGUGGCUUCGGCGAGCCCAGCGGGGAAUACUGGAUAGGGCUCGAGACCUUGCACCAGCUGACGAAGGACUCGACUUACGCGCUGCGGGUCGACAUGACGUGGGAGGACGAGGAGGCAACUUCCCUCUACGAUUCCUUUAGCGUCGGCCCAGAGAUGUACGAGCGGCGCGGCUACGAGCUCCAGAUCGGCGGCUACAACAAGUCGAGCACAGGCGGCGACUCCAUGGAGUAUCACAACGGCAUGGACUUCAGCACCUACGACGAGGACAACGACGGGGCUUCAGGUGGGAGCUGCUCGGACUGGUCAGGCGGCGGCGGCUGGUGGUACAACUACUGCUACUACAGCAACCCCACGGGCAUCUACCCCCCUGCUGAUCUGCCAGUGGGAGCCGAGGUAGAUCACCUGCUCGAGUGGCGCAAAUGGCAGGGUUAUUACACCUAUCUGUCUUCCCUCACCAUGAAAAUCAGACCAAAUUAUCUGACAUCUAUUCAGUAUUCCUCUUUUUAAAUUCCACAGGAUAAAAAAGGGGUUUUCAAAUGGGGUUCUAAAACUGCAUGAAUAUUACAAGUAGCUGUGUCGGAUGUAGUUCAUACGAUAGUAUUUCCACCCCUCAAGGCACUGUUUGAUUCACCUUAUGUAAUUUUUGACACAAGCCAAAAUCUGAAAUAUAAUUAUUUUCAUCACAUAGCCUAUAUUGAUAAUAUGUGCAUUUUUGUAUAUUUAAGUUGAUGUCAAAACAUAUCUGGAACCCUUCAGUCUUCCAUCUCAAAUCAAAUUGACACAUGUCUACUGUGAUUAUGAUUUUAUUGUUCACUGUGCACUGUAACUGGGACUCUUGUAAAUGGACUCUUAUGAAGUA